UCUAACUUUUUAAUCUCCCUCUCCUUAAACCCUUCGCUAAUGCCUAACAUCCACUUUCCCCUGUUUCUUCUCCCCGUGAUCAUCUCUCUCAUCCUCUUCAACACCGCCGCAGCCGGCGGGUCUGUCCACGACCUCCUCCGGCAACACGGCCUUCCUGCCGGUCUCAUCCCGAAUGAAAUCAACUCGUACAUUCUCGAUCCCACCACAGGCCUUCUCGAGGUGCGACUCAACCGCCCCUGUUACACAAAGUACGACGGCCCAGCGUUUUUUGACAGAGUGGUGCGCGGCAAUCUCAGCUACGGCGCUCUGCGCGGCGUGGAGGGUCUGAAGCAAGAAGAGCUAUUCUUAUGGCUUCCCGUGCGGGGGAUCCUUGUCACCGAUCCCUCCUCAGGCGUCAUUCUCUUUGAUAUCGGAGUCGCACAUAAGCGACUUUCGCUUUCUUUGUUUGAGGUUCCGCCGGAAUGCUUGCCGGAGGGAGACGGGGUGGGUGGGCGGUCUGUAGUAUCUGAGGGUGAGGAAGAUAAAAAGUUGAGAUUUUGGAAUUAGUUUCCAACGGCUCGUUUAAUGAUUCCCUGCUUCCGUUUCCUAUGUAAUUUGGCAUUUACUGCGCAACAUUCCUUUGCGCCUGAGAUUAUUAUUAUUUUAAUUA